UGCUCGUCAUGCAGUGGGAAGGGCAGGGCUUGUAUAAAUACCGCUUCCUCCAGUACACCACAGCUCGAGUCACUGAGUGAGAGAGUGAGUGUUUGGGAGUCCGUUAGUCAGCCACAACAGCUGCUAGAAGUUUCUGCUCUUUCUUAACCGGGCUGAAGUUUGGAAAGGAGUCGGGAGAACUUUCUCUGUGGAGCUUCCUAAGCACCCAGAACCCUUUGCCUUGUGUGUGUGUUGUGACUUUAAUAUUUCAAGCUUUAGAGAUCUUUUGGAUCAGUUUGCUAAACCAUCAGAAAGCCCGUCUGUCUGCUGUAGGAAUUUGAAGUCUAUUGAGGCUGCACUCUGUUCUGAGCCGGCCCAGGACAAAGCAGGGGAAGCAAAUUACUGUAGUCAGCAGAAGCCUCCGGAGAAGCUGGGACCCAGGACUACGUCACACGCUUGUGCUUGCGUGUUGGAGACUGAGCGAGGCUGAGCUUGCGGGGGAGAGAGCGAGGGAGAGGGAGAGAGAGAGAGAGAGAGAGAGGGGAUCGGCUUAAGUCUUUGAUCAUGUGUCAAUCGAGCCUGCAGCGUCCACCGCUGAACCCAGGGAAAUGGUGAGAUGCCACAGAUCUGUAAAUAGUCCUCCUUCUUGCUGCUACAACCUCCGCAAAGUUAAAAUUCAUGUCCGACGGCCUCGGCCCGACAGCUCCAGCCAGGCAGGGGAGGAGCAGGACCUGCAGGACAGAGAGGGGGGAGGCCAGGCAGAGGGGCCUGCCUCGAGCCGGAGAGCCCGCUUCAGGUUACACUUCCCCCAGCUGGCUCUGAGACGCAGGCUGGGUCAGCUGAGCUGUAUGUCCAAGCCUGCCCUGAAGCUGCGCUCCUGGCCUCUCUCCUUCCUCUAUUACUUCCUGCCCUUCGGUGCUCUUAAACCCCUCUCCAAAGUGGGAUGGAGACCGAGCAGCAGGGUUGCCCUUUACAAGUCCAUCCCCACACGCUUGCUGUCCCGGGCGUGGGGCCGGCUCAAUCAGGUGGAGCUGCCGACCUGGCUGCGGAAACCAGUCUACAGCCUGUACAUCUGGACCUUCGGGGUGAACAUGAAGGAGGCGGCUGUGGAGGAGCUGCACCACUACAGGAACCUCAGCGAGUUCUUCAGGAGGAAGCUGAAGCCACAGGCCCGCCCCGUCUGCGACUCGCACUGUGUGAUCAGCCCCUCGGACGGCAAGAUCCUCCAUUUCGGGCGGGUGAAGAACUGUGAGGUGGAGCAGGUGAAAGGAGUCACCUAUUCACUGGAAACCUUCCUCGGCCCACACACCUGGACAGACCUGAACAUUAAGAAGAGUGAAGACGACACAGGCUCGUUCCAGGAUCUUCUGGUAACGAAGGAGGGUAACGAGCUGUUCCACUGUGUGAUCUACCUGGCACCGGGGGACUAUCACUGCUUCCACUCCCCCGCAGACUGGCGCGUGGCACACCGGCGCCACUUCCCUGGAUCCCUCAUGUCGGUGAACCCUGGCGUUGCACGCUGGAUAAAGGAGCUGUUCUGUCACAACGAGCGCGUGGUCCUCAGCGGAGAGUGGACACACGGCUUCUUCUCGCUCACCGCGGUCGGGGCCACUAACGUAGGAUCCAUCCGCAUCUACUUUGACAGGGAGUUGCACACAAACAGCCCCCGCUACAGCAAAGGUUCCUUUAAUGACUUUAGCUACAUCUCCAACAACAACAAAGAUGGGGUGACCAUGCGGAAAGGGGAGCACCUGGGGGAGUUCAACCUGGGGUCCACCAUCGUCCUCCUCUUCGAAGCCCCCAAAGACUUUACCUUUAACAUCAGCGCUGGGCAGAAGAUCCGCUUUGGAGAAGCCCUCGGGACCAUGAGAGGGACUGUAACGGAUGCGGAAAAGGACUCCGAAGGGAACGUGUGAACUGGAGCAAAGAGGAGCGAGACGCCAGACUACUGGAAGAUUUGUUAUCUUCUGCCCAGGACCGGCAUGAAUGUACUUGAGAGACAACAUGCUUCUAUUUACACUUCUCUCUCUCUCUCUCUCUCUCUCUCUCUCUCUCUCUCUCUCUCUCUCUCUCUCUCUCUCUCUCUCACACACUCCUCAUCGCUUGCUAUGAUGAGAACAGUGCCAGUUGCUUCUAUCAAAGGGAAGUUGUUGAUUCUUAGUCACACUGAGAUUAUUCUUUUUUCCCCGUUUUUUAAAAUCUCCACAAAGUUGCAUAUACUGUAAGCAGCACCUUUUACCGUUUUUAAUACAAAAAACCACAGAAACACACACGCAGGGGAAAAAAAAACAAAAAAAACAUUGUUAUGUAAAUCAAGUUUGAAGCCACAAUCUUCUCGCAGCUUUCUUCACACAGCUUUUUACUAAUGCGUCGAAGGGUCUUGGCUGGAGCCCCAGUGGCGGCCAACAAUCCACUAGUUUAAACGCCUGGUGCUGAACUCUACUUGAUCUGUUUCGUUUCGUUGUAGUGCCAAAAAGGUUGUACGUUUCUGUUCGUGGGGUGGGGUUUGGUUGUUAUUUUUUAUAAGGGGCUGUUAAUCUAAAGAUGCCUACAGUAUAGGCUUUUGUUUUGCUGUUCCAUCAAGGAAGCUAUGUGAUGACACGGCUUGGCAGUCUGUCCUGCUUGCUCUGUCACACUGAAGAACCUGGCUGGCCACCAGACGCACACACACACACACACACACACACACACACAGAACUCGAACCCUCACAGAACUCGAACCCUCACAGAACUCGACUCAUGACCAGUGUCUCCUGGCUUAAUCACGCAAAAAACUACAAAAACAAGGGGCAGGUUGAUGCCAAGAACCUUCUAGGCUGAGUAGCUCCGAUAAGAGAACCCACUGGGGGAUUUCAAGUUAGUUAUACAGUAUUUUUUAUAUGUAAUGUAAAAUACUUGAAUCAUUUACUCAUUUAACACUGCAUACAUUUUAAAUAAUAAAAAAGUCAUUAAUACAAA